AUGAUUCAAUUCUGUCUGCUCCACCGUCACCAACCUCCUACACCUCCAUUCCAUCUUCACCGUCUCAGCCAAGUCGUGGACACCCCAUCUCACCCAAAACUACCUGUAUCAGUCGUCGGCAUUACCGUGACAGUCGCUGCAGGUACUCGAGUCCAAUUGAGAUCUACUCUGGUAUCGAUCAUAGCUGGGAUAAGCGGCCGAUUCAGUAGUCACUCCACGAAAGUUGCAAAUGCCAAUGGCCAAUCCUUGUGGGGCUUCUUCUGCGCCACCCGACCCCCGACUGGGGGCUUACUCUCCACAGCUACCGGCCUAUUAGCAAAGCUUCAUCGCUAA